AUGACGAGCAGAAGCUACAGGGACAUGAUGGUGAAUGAUGUGCUGCCUUGGGCACAGCAGAACAUGUCUAAUGGUUGGAUUCUGCAGCAAGAUAACGAUCCAAAGCACACAUCGGGUAUCAUGAAGGCGGCAUUUGAUGAGCAAAAUGUCAGACUUCACGACUGGCCAAGCCAGUCUCCAGACCUAAAUCCUAUAGAGCACGUAUGGGAAGAGCUUGGUAGGCUGUGUUCCAAGAGGCCAGCCAGAAAUAAGAAUGAGAAAUUUGCUCAGUUGGUUAGAAAGUGGAAUGCAAUACCGUCGACUUUCAUGCAGAGACUCAUCGAUUCAAUGCCUUCUCGCUGUGACGCUGUAAUCAAGAAUCACGGUUAA